AUAACGUUGAAUGACAUUGAUUGUAACUGGUCUCUUGUAACUGGUGACGGUCGGUCGGCGACCAGUACGGGUGGUAUUUACGCAUGUGCAUGAACCGAUCAGCAAAAUGUUGGCCCGAUUGAACAAGCUGGCUUAUUCUCCAUGUUCUAGGGCCAUAAUCACUUACACCUAUCGGACCAUUAGAAUUCAGAAACGUGCAUAUUUGUCUUGUAAACCCACAUUGGGCAAAUCUCGAUGUCAUCCUCACAAUAACUAUUCCAAAAUGUGUGAUGUGCAGUGCACGAAAGGUUCCAAUUUUGUAUACAGAACAGCCAUGUCGAGUCAACCGCCAGAGGAUCACAGACAAUUCAGUGUAAUGUUGGCUCCGAAACACACCCUCCUUCACUCCUCUGGCAGACAUAUUCUAUCACGCGAAAUGAAUCCUCCUCCAUGGCUCGGGGUCGGUUUAGGGUUGGGGUCAUCGAGGGGUCUGUCCACAGAACCUAUAUUUAAUGCAGUUUACUUCGUAUUGGAGAAAAUUAUUGCUAGUUGGCCAGUGGAACUGUCUAGACAAUUCUUUACUGGUCUCCAUGAUACUGUCGGAAUCCCAUGGUGGCUUGUUAUCAUAUCGGGGACGGUGUGUUUCAGGUUGGUUCUGUUACCUUUGCAUAUCCUCAGCCUCCAAUCUCAAGGAAGGCUUUUAACAAUUCAACCAGAAAUUAAAACUAAGUCCGCACAUAUUAUUGGAGGUCUUUCUACAGCUGCAGUGUUCUAUCGACAGACACCAUACACAAAGAAAAGAGAAACACGCUUACAUAUAAAGCAGAUGAAGGAAGAGCUAUAUGAAAAGCAUAACUGUGCCCCACUAAAGCCACUGUUUGUUAUGUAUGUGUCGACACCAAUAUUUCUGGCCUGUGGGUUUGGGGUCCGGUCAUUUACAGGACGACUAGGACCUAUAGCGGACAUGUAUUUUCGACCAGAAAUGGCCGGGGAAGGACUCUGGUGGUUCCACAAUCUCACCAUUGCUGAUCCUUACUGCAUCCUGCCGGCAGUAGGCACCAUCUGUGCCGUCUUUGGACUAGAGUAUUCUAAGCUGCUGAGGAAAGUCAGUCAUGAUCAAUUGAAUUGGGGUGUUUCGGUGGUACCUGAAUCAAAUCCUCAGAAAGUCUUGAACAUCUUGACCUGUUUUGGCCAGGGAGUUUGCCUUGUUUUGUUUCCAAUUCUUUGUUUCGUUCCCAGUGGAUUCACCCUAUACUUCUGUACUGUGAGUUUGUGGAGUGUCAUUCAGCUGCUGACCCUCCACUCACCAACGGUCAAGCAAGCUCUGUCCAUCCCUAUGACCCAGCUGUCCAGUCCUACCCCACAUAAGGAUGUUAUAAAGGCAUUCCAGACAAAAUACUUACGUCGUAAAAAGGCGACACCCAAGUCUGAAAGUAAACCUCGAUAACUUCAAUGACCUAUUUCUUGCAGUUUUUAUUGUUAGUGCAGAUGAGAUGUUUAAUAAAAAAAAAAUCA